AGGCUGGCUGCCAAGUCUGAAAGCACUCACUCAUACACCAGAGGGACCAGAGCGAUUACAAUUUCUGCCCUUGUUUCUGGGUGCGUGCCACAACCGGACCACUAGCCUCACGCCAUGGCGCUCAUCAAGAACUGGUGUCCUCCGUCCGAGGAGAACUACAGCCUGGUCCUAUUCAUCUGGCAGUUCUUCCCACUGGGUGCGUCACUGCAGUGGGCCGUCUCAUGGUAUGGCAUGGGCAAGACGUCCACCAACAGCGCACUCAACCUGCCCGGGCGCGUUGCGUGGAUGACCAUGGAGUGCCCGGGAUUCAUGACCCUGUUGUACAUCAUGAACACCCUCCCAGCACAGCAUGGGAUCACCGAUCUCCCAUGGCAGAACAAGGUCCUCGCCGCCCUCUUCGUCAUGCACUACAUCUACCGCGCCGUCAUCUUCCCCUGGAUCCAACCCUCCAUGUCGCCCAUCCACCCCCUGGUCUGGGCCUUCGCCAUCGUCUUCCAGCUCUUCAAUGCCACCUGCAUCGGUGGCUGGCUGGCUGCCUACGGACCCGUCACAAGGGAAGCCUGGGAGGCCCAGCUCGCACCCUUUCCGACCCUGCAGUUCGCUGCGGGCAUCGCCAUCUUCUACGUCGGCCUGUCCGCCAAUUACUUCCACGACGACGAGCUGCGCGAGAUCCGCCGCCGCGAGCUGCGCCGCCAGGAACGCCUGGCCAGGGAGCAGGGCACACCCGUGGGCAGCGUUGACAAGCACUACAGCAUCCCGCAGGCCGGCCUCUUCAGCAUCAUGCUGUUCCCCCACUACUUUGUCGAGUGGGUUGAGUGGACCGGCUUCUACAUUGCCUGCGGAGUGAGCUGUGUGCCUGCCCGCACGUUCGUUGUCAACGAGAUCGCGGCUAUGCUGCCGCGGGCGGUCAAUGGGAAAAAGUGGUACAUUGAGAAAUUCGGAGAGGAGAAGAUCCGGGACAAGUGGGCUGUGAUUCCUGGGGUCUGGUGAGCCGAGGCUGGCAGAACUCAUGACGGGGCGGUAAUGAGUGGUGUCACUCUUACGGUGCGUGGCGCUUCGAGGCUAAAAAGACAAAGAAAAAUCGAACCAUGGCGGUUCUGCCCUCCUCUGGAGGAGUAUGUUGAAGCCUCGGCCUCGUGAUUGUUUGGGGUAUCGUGUUCCCGUCAACUCUAGUAACAACAGAGGAACAGAGGUCCUCCAGCCAGUCAUCAGCGUGGCUUCGGACCCAAUGUAGUGUGACGUGCCACGGCUAGGUCUGUCUAUGAUUCCACUCUUCGUCUUACACCGUUUCGGGUACGACAGCGAUGUAGUAAUCGGAAUCUAGUUCAUGGACGGAUCUGCUCUGACUACUUGGUGCUUAUAUGCAAUAGACAACGAGGAACGCAGUGACAUACAUUGAACAUGGGUAUGACGCCUGGAUCUUCUCAGCAGCAUCUGCAUCACAUCUGAGUAUCGAAGUGCCUAGGUAGUCAA